GCUCGAAACUAAAACGGCAUACCUGCUAGCAUCAAAACACACGCUUUGACGUCAAAAGAGCGCAAAUUCCUCAGCCUUUAAAUAAAGUCCGUCGGUCGGAACUCGAAAACUCAAAGCUCGAGAUCCGCAAUGGAUGGCGAAUCCGACUCAAUCCCACCUCCUAUCACCAUGGAUACUCCGUGGGAGGAUCUAGAAAAGAUUCUCAACCCACCCUCGUCACAUUUACCUCGUUUGCCCGACUUAAGGCCUUUACUCUCAACAGACCGCCCCUCAGGAUUGUUAACAUUGUGCGGGCCGAAUUCACGCACUCUCCCGCCGUUGAUGACGGAGUCAAUCCGGCAGGAAUGCCGUUAUUACCGCGCCCAAGCGCAAACAGUCCAAAGGAGGCUAGAAGAGCAACGCCGACAACGAAUUUUGGAGUUAGUCGAGCAAAAGCGUCAAUUGGAACGGGAUGAUGAACCUUCAUCCGAUGAGGAUCAUGAUGAAUGUUCCACCUGUUCCUCUUCCGAUGACGACACGCCCGUGAUAGUAUCACGAUCCGCUUCCAGAUUGAGUCCAGCUCCACCCUCUGCCACCACACGGGCUAAUCGUACUGCAUUUCAAUCAUUAAUCCACCGUUUAAGGCGAAAUGUCCAGAGUCCAUUCGUCGAUCAAGCCAUGAAGUCAGGUCCUUCGCCCUAUACAAGUACGGCCAGUGUGAAUACCGUAGUGGAGAACCCAGUUUUCCGGGCCCGCUCUGGGUCGUACACGGUGUUUGAACCCUCGCCCGUCAUGAAGGCUUAUAUGGCUGAACAUUCGGACAUCUCGGAUAUGAGCAUCAUGAGUCGGAGCUCGCCCAAUCUGCUAGAGCGAUCCCGGGAAUUGCGUCAAGAUCUCGACAACGCGGAGACCCAAGAUGACUCUGAACGCGUCCCUUGUUUAUCCAAAGAGCAACGUGCUGAUCAAUUGAACGCCUACUUAGGAGACUUGCGUCGCACACCGGUUUUACCCAAGAAAUGUGAACGUCAUCAAACUUCAGCCGUUGUUCCAGACCAGACUGAAGAGCAGGGCGAGGAUGAUGAUAAAAUGUCGAUUGCUUCUUCUGUUUUGCAUUCCAUGUCCAUUAUUGCCAUGGAUGUGCCGGUUGAUGAGUCGCCUCGAGCUCUAGGUGACUUAAACCCCGUAGUUGCACCCGUAAUUGAGCCUCUGGAGAAGAUUGAACCUGCGUCUGAAUCUGUCGGGAGGUUCGCAUCUUCCCAGAGUGAAAGUCCCACCAAACCAUCUGAUGUGCCUUUCAUUACUAUUGAAAACGACGAAGAAAACGAAGACGGGGAUGAGAACGGGAACGAAGACGAGGAAGAGGACGAAGAAAACAAUAAGGAAAAUGAGCCCCCCAAAGAAUCAGUUGAGGUCUGGUCCGAAUCGCCCGCACCUGUGCCAACAAUCGUUAGUCUUCCGCAAGGAGAUCGCGCGAAAAGUGCCAGAGAAAUUGAAGACGCCGUAUCCUCGUUAGCUCAGGCUCAACAGAAACAAAUUCAAGCCUUAAUGUAAGCUCAAGAACACCAGCGCGAAGAGUUAAAGCGAAUGUUCGAGGAGCAACAACAACGGCUUGUCGAAGAGAUCAUGGGAACACUAAGCCAAUCCACAGUCUCGAACCAGUCGAAAUCCUUAUUAAAACCUAAAAGCAUCCCUUUACCAUUCACUCCAGGGGCCAGUGUCCAAGAUCGAGCCCCAUCCCCGAUGAUCCCCGCAUUGGCAAGUCAAAUUCGGCCCACGUCCACUUUGCCGAACGGAUACAAAUUCCCGGCCAAGGCCUUGGAUUCCGAAAUGCACGUGAAAUAUUGUAAACUGUCAGCCUUGGCCAAGGGCUUCCUUGUACGACGUCUCCUCAAGACGGCCAAAGUCCAGGCUAUUAUAGAGUCCAUGAAAGACACAAUGAAUAUGGCUUUGGAACUCCAUCGUGAAGCUAGAGCUGGCAAUCGUUCAGUCACCGCUCAAGAUUUGGAUCUCCAUCGUCGCCUACUCCAACAAUUGAACAAAGACUAUCACAACUUAUACGAUGUGUUCUUCAACUUGAGUACGUCAGACAAAUUGGGAAUCAUUAGCUCGGAUCGUGCGAUGAGAAACAGCCAGAAACGGAGAAGCAAGGCAGACCAACGGAGGGUGUCCGCCGUGACUCAAGCAAAAUUAGAGCGAAAGAGGCAACUCCGCGAGUUAGCCUCCCAAAAUGGGAUUACCCAAACCAAGAGAGGAGGAAGUAAAUCCUCAUCCAGAUCUCGAAGCGUUGAAGGACCACUCCGAUCUAAAGAACGGCGGUCUUCCCGACGGAGUCUGUACAAUACUAUCACAGACUCUAAAAAGCCCACAGCACUGACCAACCAGAAGAAUAACCGGAACAUUAUCAACAACAUUGGUGUUAGUAAUAAUAGCGGUAAUAAAAAGAAGACAAAGGUAGUUGUUCCAUGGAAAUGAGCCGGACUGUCUAAAUAUACAACGAGCCAUCCGCCGGGCCAACGUAGCGAAUGGCGAUCAUGACCACGUCCACCAAGGUCCAAACACCCAAACCGCCGAAACUGAAGAGUUUGCCGAUGCCUUCCUGCCAAUGACCCAAAUAGAACCUAAAAAAUGUUGUAAGGAUUUUAGUGGAAAAGCUUGCUUCCGAAUCUGCUCGUUUUCGAAGUUCGUUGGUCUCUUUUGUGAUAUUACUACCAGUAUUCCGCCCGACCAGAUGUGAAAGCCAGUGACGAAAUAAAACGCCUUCAAUUAAUAAGUUA